AUGAAGACAAUUCAGAGCUCCUCACGUGGCCGGGGGGCGGUGCACUCACGUGGUGGUCGUGGAAGAGGCCGAGGCGAUGCGCGCUUCGCCGCUCGCUUCACCGAUCCGCGUUUUCAAGUCUCCCGCCGCGGUGGUAGGGGCGGUAAUAACUACAACAAGUAUAACAAGUACGACAAUCCACGUGAUGCCGCGCUUCGGGAUCCACGAUUCGCCAAACACCUACACAAGAUUGAUGGAGGUUCAGAGGAGUUUGAUGAUGAAGAAGAAGACGAAGACGAGGAAGAUGAUGAUAUCUCUCACAGCGGUAGCAGCAGCGGCAGCCACUCGGAUGAUAAUCAGGAAAUCAUGAACGUAGUUGAUGGAGAAGUGGAGGAUCUGGAAGAGGAGGCGGCGGCUUGGUCUGCCUCUGAUGUGGAGUUUGUUGAACCACGCCGUCGUGUAGCUAUUGUGAACUGUAGCUGGGAUCAUAUACGAGCGGUGGAUCUGUACGCUAUUCUCUUCUAUGCUCUUCCACUGGGAGGACAACUUGUUGAUGUUUCUGUUUACAUGAGUGAUUUUGGUAAACGCAUGCUAGAACACGAACGUGUCCAGGGUCCGGAUCUGUGGGAUAAAAAAGAAAAGGCGGAAGAUGAACGUGAUACUUCAAAGAUCUCUGAAAAAGAAACAGCUGACAAGCCAACCGAUGAGGAUGACCUCCGUCUUCGCAAGAAUAACAAUAACAAUAAAAAUAAAAAUAAUAACAAUGAUGACGAUGAUGAUGAUGAUGAUAAUAAUAAUAAUAAUAAUAAUAAUAAUAACAAUGAUGAUGAUGAUGCUUGGCAAGAUGAUAACAUUGCGAUGUUGGAGGAAGAAGGAGAGGAUGGGGAAUUCUUUUCCCAGGGGAAGUAUCGCAAAUAUGAGCGGGAUCGUAUGAAGUACUAUUACGCUAUCGCCACAUUUGACUCUGCAGAGACAGCCGAAACUGUGUACAAACAGUUGGAUGGUAUGGAUGUGGAGGCAAGUGGUGUGGUGCUUGACCUGCGCUAUGUGGACGAUGAUGAAUCAUUUGAGAAUCCCGUAAGCCGCGCCGAUCGCAUUCCCGCGAACUACAAGCCGCUCGCAGCGUUUAAAGCUGCAGCACUUUCACAAACUCGAUUUCGUAUUUCAUGGGAUCAAGAUGAUGUUUUCCGUCAUCGUUCCAUUCGUGAUAGUUUCACUGGCGAAACCGCAGAUGAUGAUCUCGCGGCGUACAUUGCACCACCAGAUUCAUCCGAUGAGGAUGAGGUCGAUGAUGGUGGCAAGGGUAACAACGCCAAUGAUAAGGAAAAACGCAUUCGGGAGAAAAUGCGAAUUCGCAAAAAGUAUGCUGCAUUGUUAGAGGAAAUUGGUGGUCUCCCACAGGACUAUGAACCCAGUGAUGAAGGGGAGAACAACAACGACAACAAAUUUGGCGAUGAUGAGGAGGAUGAAGACGAAGAUGAUGAUUCCCUCAACCGUUUCAGUGAUGUUGAAAUGGAAAGUGAAGAAGAAGAAGAUGAGGAUGAGGAUCAUCAUAGUGAUGGUGAGGUUAUGGGAGACAUGGAGGCCACCCUUGAUUUGGAUGCAGAGACAAAGGCAGCACGUCUUCAACGUGAAACUCAUAUAAAGCAAAUGAUGAAGUCUAGCGAUCUUGGUACCAAGGCGGAGUUAAAGUACAAACUUCGACGAAAAGAAAUGCGGAAAGCAAAGAAGGAGAUGCUUGAACAGGAACGUGAGGCUGAGGCGGCGCAGUUGCAGGCCGAUCGUGAGAAACGACGACAGGCACUGCGCGAGGCUCUUGGCACGGACGACAUGGGCGCCACGCACGUGAGCGGUAAAGAGAAGCGGAAGUUGCAUGCGAAGGCGGUCAAACAACGCGCGGCGGCGGAGCGGGAGGCGAAGAAAAAAAUGCGGGCGUCGAAUGCACUCGGCGUCACCCGCGAGGUGCGGGAGGCGCGGCAGCAGGAGGCCGCGAAGGCCGCAGCCGACGCCAUUGACCCGCGCUUUCAGAGCAAACUGCUCGCGGACCCACGCUUUCAUCUGGAUGUCGCGCAGAAAGACAAACGGUCAAAGGCGGAACUCGUGGAACUUGCGGCCACCGUCGCCACAGCACGUCAGUCGAAGCGGCAGCAAGAGGGAAAGAAAACAAACACCGACGACGCAAUGGAAUAUUUCCUCAACAGACCAGGAAAGAAGGCAAAGAAGGAGAAUCAAUAA